GGAGGGCCAGGUUCCGGGCCACACUUUGGUGGAUCCGGAGGCGGGCCGUCGCCCUUCGGUGGGCCACAGUUUUCGCCAGCCGGCGGUUCGCCCUUUCACGGAGGAGGAGGCGGCCCUGGAGGCCCUCCGGGACAUCACGGAGGUCCUCCGGGCGGUCACCAUCAUCCGCACGCUCAUAUGAUGGGUGGGCCGCCAGGGCCGCCUCCGGGUGCUCAUCAUAUGGCCCACGGAGGGCCGCCUGGCCCUGGAGUGCACCAUCAUCCGCAUCAUGGGAUGAUGCCGGGACCACCGCCGCCGGAUAGGAUGGACCAAGGACAAUUACCAGUACCUAGAAGGCAUACACCUUAUUUUGGACAACCCGAUUAUAGGAUAUACGAAUUGAACAAGAGGCUGCAGCAGAGAUCAGAGGAAAGUGACAACCUCUGGUGGGACUCCUUCGCGACCGAGUUCUUCGAGGACGACGCAUCCCUAACGCUCACCUUCUGCCUCGAAGACGGCCACAAACGCUACACGAUCGGACGAACGCUCAUCCCACGAUAUUUUCGAUCCAUUUUCGAAGGAGGCGUCACGGAAUUGUAUUAUAAUAUGAGACACACGAAGGAGUCUUUUCACAACACUAGCAUCACUCUGGACUGCGAACAGUGCACUAUGGUCACGCAUCACGGGAAGCCGAUGUUUACGAAAGUGUGCACGGAAGGCAGGCUGGUGCUGGAGUUCACGUUCGACGAUAUGAUGAGGAUCAAGUCGUGGCAUCUGAAUGUUAGAGCUCAUAGGGAAUUGAUACCGAGGUCGGUGCCUCCUCCUCCGGACGUUGGAGGAGUCCUAGAACAACUCACCAAGAACAUCACGAGGCAGGGGAUCACGAAUUCAACGUUGAAUUAUCUUAGGUUAUGUGUAAUAUUGGAACCAAUGCAAGAACUGAUGUCGAGGCACAAAGCUUACGCUUUGAGUCCCAGAGAUUGUUUGAAGACGACGUUAUUCCAGAAAUGGCAGAGGAUGGUUGCACCACCAGAGUCUCAGAGGCCUGCCAACAAGCGGCGGAAACGCAAAGGGUCAAGUUCAGGCGGCGGCGCAAACGCGGCGGGUGCUCCGCCCCCGGUGACGGGCGGCAAGAAGAGGUCUCCUGGUCCGAAUUUCUCGCUGGCGUCACAGGACGUGAUGGUAGUCGGCGAGCCUUCUCUGAUGGGCGGCGAAUUCGGUGACGAAGACGAGCGCCUCAUAACACGACUCGAGAACACCCAGUACGACGCCUCUUCAGCCGCCAGCGGAGGCCCCACGGUUGGAGACCCCGGAGGCCCUCCAGGCGGCCCGAGUGGCGGCCCUGGAGGCCCACCAGACCAACCUUCCUAUCACCACCAACAAGACGGAAGCGGAGGUGGAUCGUGGCCCCCGCCGCCUCCGGGGCCUCCGACAUCUUCUGGAGGCCCACAGGGUAACGGGGGGCUCGAUAAUGACAAGAAAUCGCCGGCGGUCUCGCAAUGAUCACGGAUUAAUAGCGAGUAUUAAUAAUUGUAAAUAAUAGUUGUAAUAUGAAAAUUGGGGAUAAUAAAAUUUUGACUUUGAUUCCGUUUGGUGCGCAGCUUAAUUUGGGAUGAUCGGUUGGAGGAAUAGACUAGUAGAUUAUUAACAAAAUUUAGUUGCAACGAUCUCUGAGUCUUUUACCAUGUGCAAUAGUGUGUCACCGACCCCAUCUCAAAUGUCUCCGCAGAUGCUGUGCAUCUCCAGUAUUAAUAAUAAACGAUUUGGGAAUCCUAAAGACUGUGUUUUUGCAUUAUUAAAUGUGUAUGUACAAUUGUUUAACGAUGACAUUUAGUGAAUUUAUUAAAAUUAAAAUAAUAUGUUAUUGCCGAGGGAACAUACGGAUGUGCAGCAGAAAGGUGUAAUUUAAAAUUAUUAGUUAUUAUUAUAAAUAUAUACAUAAAUAUAUAAAUAUUAAAAUAUUAAUAGGUAAUAAACGAACAGUGCUAUAGAUAUUU